GGAAGGGCUGUAUACCAGUCAUCUGCAAUCCAUUGACGGUAAUCAGUGAGUUACCUGCUGCUGCUUCCCUCUCUCUACCGGGGAUGGCAUCUCUUCCACAUGGAAACCCUACAAGUUGUAGUUUAGUAUGUGAAAGAGGACCGAUUUCCUUCGUGGGUAUUUCGGCUCUUCCAUCUAUUCAAUUGAGGGCCAGAGCUUUUGAUGGUUUGGUGAGAGGAAGAGUUAUAACUCACAGCUUAUAUAGAAAGGAGACAUCCCUUUUUUGCGAAAAAAGAUCUAAUAGCAUCAACAGAAUUAUGACCAUCCCCAGAAGUAGCAGUUCGGACUCUAAUGGCACUGAAGAUGACUCCUCUGAUCAGGCAAAGAAAAAACCUUUUGGAUACUCAAGGAAGGAUGUUUUAUUGAUUGGACUAGGAGUAACUGGUAUCGGUAUCGGCUUGAAAAGUGGAUUAGAGUUUGCUGGAGUUGAUCCUUUACAAGCAGGGAAUGUCGUUCAGCUGGUACUGGUGUUGGGCCUGACAAUUGGAUGGAUUUCCACUUAUAUUUUUCGAGUUUCAAAUAAGGAAAUGACAUAUGCACAGCAAAUACGUGACUAUGAGAACAAAGUCAUGGAGAAGAGGUUAGAAGGCCUAACAGAAGCAGAACUAGAAGCAUUGCUUGAACAAGUUGAGGAAGAGAAGCGACGCCUAGGUGAGCAGGUCAAGUAAAGAUUUACUUACCUUCGAUCAUUAUAUAGCCUUGAAGCUUCCUCAUUUGUAUAUAUUGAGUAGUGAGCUCACAAAUAUAUUAUUAGGUUUCCCCAUUUGUACUCUUAAGUCUGAUAAAAGACAACAGGUAAAAGUGAUAGACAACCUCAAAUCCUCUUCAUUAUAUGUACUUUACAUAUGAAAGGAAGGAAUUAUAGAAAUGGUUUCGAGUAAUUUUUGAAAGGGACA